AUAUAUAUUUAAUUUGAUUUUCUGACUUAGAGAUGCAAACCCAUUGUGAUUUUGACUGUCGAAAGGGCGAAGACUGUUAAAUUUGUUGUAUUGAUGAAUUGUCAACCAAAAGUCUUUCUGAGCAAGUAUAUUUUAUGUCAAUAUUUUUAUAUUAUUUUUUCUAGAGAAAAAGUGAAUUAGAAAUCAAAUAUGGCAACUUUCGUAUUAUCUAUCGAAAACGUGAGGUGUAGAUGAUUGAUUUAUAAAUUUCUAAAAGCACUUGCUUUCUGUUUGAAGAUAGAAUUAGGAAUGUCUUCCAAUGUGGGCUACAAUUCAAGCUCUGCAAAUUUAUCUGCAUCUGAAAUUGCAGCAGCUGGUGCUGUUAGUGGUUUUGUUACACGCAUGUUGGCUCAACCACUCGAUGUGCUCAAGAUUAGAUUUCAACUUCAGGUGGAGCCUACCACCAGGGGUGGGGGAGGUCACUACACUGGGCUACUGCAGGCCGGUGCUAGGAUUGUGAGAGAGGAGGGAGCCAGGGCGCUCUGGAAAGGGCAUGUUGCUGCUCAGGUCCUUACAGUGUUGUAUGGGGCUGGCCAGUUUUGGAGCUACUAUUCACUCACCAAAUACAUUACAGUUUUAUCGACAACUGGAACAAAACAACUCCCAAUUAUACCCUCUACUUCAAGAUCAAACACAUGUGAAGUUGAGGUCACACAUGAUAUCAGUGAUGGCUCAGACAAGAACUUGAGUAAUGCCACUAGAAGAUCUUCAUCUGGAGAAGAACUGAGCAAUCGGACAUUAUCUUUGUGUGGCAGCAUGUCUGCCUUGUGUGGAACUUUGCUCUCAAUGCCAUGUGAUGUGGCACGUACCAGAAUUGUGGCACAAAGCACCAAGAAAUACUCCGGCCUGCUGGAUGUGCUGUGGCAGAUGCCUCGGCAGGAGGGGCUCAGGAGUCUUUGGCGGGGACUGCUCCCCACCCUCGCCUCGAGCGUCCCCAGCUCUGCUAUACAGUUCCCCAUCUAUACCUCCCUCAUGCGAUACACCCAGGGGCAUGACUCAGCUCUGAAUGUAGCGUGGCGCAGCAGCCUGUGCGGCAGUGUUGCGGGACUGGCGGCUAAGCUGCUCGUGUAUCCCCUGGACCUGCUGAAGAAACGCUCGCAGAUGCGUGGUGCUGAGAACCUCAGGCACACCUAUGGCAAAGUGAUAUCGUACCGCAACACGCUGGAUAUCUGCCGGAGCAUAUGGCGGGAGGAGGGACUGCGUGGCUGGUACAAAGGACUGUGGCCUGCGCUGGUGAAAAGCGCCGUCGUGUCGGCCGUGUCCUUUACAGCCUUUGAGAUGUGCUGCCGUGCUCUCCUCUUCACACAUUCUCACUGGAAAAUAAGAGAUAACUAUGAUAAAAUAAUAAAAGAUAACAAGGAAUAGGAGGACUCGAACAGCCUCAGAAUCUUCGGAUGUAUGGAAUCUCAGCCAAUCACCUUUGACCCUCGCAGACCCUGGACUCCGUCUUGAAGCGUGUUAAAAAAUAUCAAAGUUAUACGGCACGUGAACCGUGUGAAACAAGAUACAUCGUACCAUGUACAAGAUACGUUGUGUAUGUCAUGUGAUACCAAGAAAUACUAUACAUAAGCUGUGUUAGGACAUACCAAGUAAUAGAAUAUAGAGGAAGUAAAGUACUUUCAGGACAUCAGGAAAUAAGUUCCUUGUCAUGCACUGUUGACUUAAACUCAGAAUGACAGGGUCUGACAGCGAUUCUGUGACUUUCUGCAACAGAUACAGUCAUAGAACGGUCAGAUAUAAUACUGUUGCCUCUUGAAUCAUUGACUUGCACACUGUUGCCUCUUGAAUCAUUGACUUGCACACUGUUGCCUCUGACUCACUGUUGACAAAUCUCCCACUGCUGGAUGAGUCAGCACUCACAUUAAAAGUAAAUCUUGGAUUUGUGGAAUUAUCUAAUCGAUUCUCUAUCUUUGGUGCAUAAUCUGGGAUCUGCUAUAUCACGUUACGAGAAGUUGAGUGUGCAAGACCUUUUAAGCCCAUAGAAUCUAGUUGUAAAUAAUCCUUGAAGGAUUUCAUUAAGCUGCAAGGCCUGGGAUUCAUUGCGUUAUAAUUAAAAAAUAAAUUCAUAAAGUCUGCAAGAUCCUGAAUUUCCAGCGUUAAAAUUCUAUAUGAAAUCCAAUGAGUGUGCAAGAUCUUGAAUUUCCAGCAUGACCAUUCUAGGAGAAAUUCGUUGAGUGUGCAAGAUCUUUGAUUUACAGACAAUUCUAUAAGAAAUUCAUUGAGUGUGCAAGAUCUUGGAUUUACAUCGUUUACCCCCUGUGCCAUCUCGCCCUUGUCGCGGGAGGGGGGCUUGCGUGUCUCAAUGAGACCCGAGGCUGUGCGGUCUCAGAUACAAUCAUGGCCGAGUGGCUCGGGUGGAGAGUCCAGACUAACUGAGAUGGCAAAACUCUCUUCUCGUGACCCCUUGUUGGAUGCUAUUAACUUGGGUGCCUGCUCUGCAUACCAAACGAAAGAAAAAACGUGGACACUGAAAUGAACUCUUCUCGUGCUUCUUGUCUCUGAUAAUCUGGCGUCAACAUAGACCUCCAAAAUUGAACCAACUACGACAUCACGAAAGAACUUCUAUUCUCGACUUCCGUGAGUCAGAAGAGUCACUGCACCGAUGGACAUCAUGAUGGCGAAAGAACCUAUGAACCGAGCAGAAACCUAGGAUAUUGAGGUGUAUACAAAAAAUUUAAAAAGAGCAAGCUGAAUGGAUAUUCACCCACCCUGAAGACUAAGUCUCUUAGAUAAAAAUUUGAACGAACUACAACCCAAGCAAAACAGGAAGUUCUUUAUGAUGUCAUCCAACGACGGCCUCCACAGGACGUUGAAUAGGGCCACAUCACGGUGUUAUUUUAAUAAUGGCCAAUUGAGAAGUAGAAAAACAUAGAAGGGCGAACUAUCUAUAAGCACUGAGACUAGCUAUGGAGCGCUCCUUGUUGAGGUUGCAAACUUUGAACAGCCGCUAAGCCAUCACCACCAUAAUGAUAAAGACUUUAGCCGAUGUGCCAGUUUGAGCUGCAGCACAAAAAUCGCAAUAAGACUCUGUACGAUAUGUUACCCUAUUAGCUGUAUGCGCUGCCAAGUGCUACUUUGUCCCGAUGCCUUUAUGUCCCGCGCCACUUACAAGUGCUAGGGCUUCAGCCUUGGUCCUGCCGCCUAACUACCCUGCCUUCACCCAGUCAAGUGUGUCUGUUGCAAGGUGUGCCAGCUCCAACCUAUGUUUCUACAAAAUGGAAGAAAAAAUGAUAGACAAAGAUUGCAUGAGCUAUUGAGAAGCUAGGUGAAUGGUAAGAAGCCGAAGCCAAUACAGCAGCCCUUGGAUUACCUAGCCACAGAAUACUGACAAAUCAACUAUUUCGAAUGGUGAACCUUCAUGGAGGAAGCUUAUUUGCCGAAAUACUACACCUAAAUUUGUGCCAAAAAUGUCAUACAACCUCCUUGAAGCAAUGCAGCAUUGAAACGGAUGUAAAGCAACACCUCUCAUUUGCUCCAGACCUCACAAAUCAAAACCCAAGUCGCAGCUACACGGCCAGCGCCACCAAAGCGGACAUGCUACGGCCGAGGAGGGACCUCGCAAAGAAAAAGUGACGAAAACGCCAAGCAGUGACAUAGCAUAUAGAAUACGCUCGCUGGAACAGGUUAACUAUGUACCUGACCUCUGAGCAGUAAUGUAUUCAACUAAUAACCCAUCCCUCAGCACUCCUCCCCUCCCUGUGGUGGAGAUGCUCUCGUGGGCUGUAAAAGAUGUGGAGGAAGUACAUGCUACUUGAUGAAGGUAUAGGGGGGGGGGAGGUCUUAAAGUGAGCGGGAGGAUCACAUCUCUGUUGUGGCCUUCAAGCGAGAGGACCACAUCUCUGUUGUUGCCUUCGAGCGAGAGGACCACAUCUCUGUUGUGGUCUUAAAGCGAGAGGACCACAUCUCUGUUGUGGCCUUCAAGCGAGAGGACCACUUCUCUGUUCUGGUCUUAAAGCGAGAGGACCAUAUC